AUGGGAACUCAUCACCACACUGUGGUGAAAGCAGAAGUUCCUGAUCAUGUCUUUUACGCUACUGGAACCUGUGUUCUUGUAAUUGGAUCUAUUGGAAUUAUAGGAAACCUUUUAGUUCUCUAUGCAUUUUACAGCAAUAAGAAGCUGAGGACACCACCAAACUACUUUAUAAUGAAUCUGGCUGUGAGUGACUUCCUGAUGUCUGCUUCUCAGGCACCCAUUUGCUUUAUCAACAGCUUGCAUAAAGAGUGGAUACUUGGAGAAAUAGGUUGUGACCUGUAUGCGUUUUGCGGGGCACUCUUUGGAAUAACCUCAAUGAUGACUUUAUUAGCUAUUUCUGUUGAUCGAUACCUUGUGAUCACUAAGCCUCUGCAAUCCAUGCGGUGGACUUCAAAGAAACGCACAUCGCAGAUCAUUGCUAUUGUCUGGCUAUACUCGCUGGGAUGGAGUGUGGCUCCGCUUCUUGGGUGGAGUUCCUAUGUGCCAGAAGGAUUGAUGAUAUCUUGUACAUGGGACUAUGUAACCUAUUCCCCAGCAAACAGAAGUUACACCAUGAUGUUGUGUUGCUGUGUGUUUUUCAUUCCCCUGGUUAUAAUAUUCCAUUGCUAUUUAUUCAUGUUUCUGGCCAUAAGAAGUACUGGCAGGAAUGUUCAGAAGCUAGGGUCCUAUGGUCGUAAAUCCUACCUCUCGCAUUCCAUGAGGAAUGAAUGGAAGCUGGCAAAAAUUGCCUUUGUGGUCAUCAUUGUGUAUGUCUUGUCUUGGUCUCCAUAUGCUUGUGUCACUCUGAUUGCAUGGGCAGGCCAUGCCAAUAGUCUAACUCCCUAUUCUAAAUCUGUGCCAGCUGUUAUCGCCAAAGCUUCUGCAAUCUACAAUCCUAUCAUCUAUGCAAUAAUUCACCCAAGAUACAGGAAAACCAUUCGCAGUUCUGUUCCCUGCUUGCGAUUUUUCAUACGGGUAUCAAAGAGCGAUCUCUCAUCAGGUUCUAUAAAUGAAUCGUCAUUCAGGGCUUCUGUCUCUAGUCAUCGCUCCUUUGCCUCCAGGAACAAGAGUAGUUGUAUUUCAUCAGUCUCCACAGGAGAAGCAGCUUGGAGUGACGUAGAACUUGACCCAGUGGAGCCAGUUGAUAAGAAACGGCAGCCUCCCAGAAGUAAUUCUUUCUCUUCAUGCCCAAGACUGGAGGAGAAGAGGGAACUGCUUCUGAAAGCCCACAGCUGCAACGUAAUAACGGAAGAAAAGAUUUUGGUCUCCUCCAGCUACUUACAGAAGCUGCUUGCGAGGUCAGUCCUACAGAAUUCUCCUGAAGCAUUGGUGACCAGUUCCUUAGAAGCAGCUUCUCUUCCUGUUGGCUUGAACAGCAUCGGCAAAGGAAGAGGCUCAGAUACCUCACAAAGGGAAACUCAAGAAACUCAAAUAAACAGAGGCCUGGACUCCAUCAUUAGUACUGCAGUCCCACGUAUCAUUGUUAUUCCUACUUCUGAGGCCAAACUGUUUGAAGAAGGACAGGAAGACUGUGAACAGGGAGAGGAGGAAGAGACUGAUUUAUUCCACUGUCAUGGCAAGAAUAAUUUGUUGGACAUAGAAGGGCUUAGCUCUUCCACAGAUUUCCUGGAAGCAUUUGAGAAGUUUUUGUCAUAAGUAUAAAAAAAGAAAACUUUCUGGUCAUUGGGUGUUUUUUUUUCUUCUCUACAUUAUUAUACCAAAUAACUAAAGCUUUUUAGAUUAAAUCAUCAGAUUUUUUGUAUAUUUAUAUUACAGUCAUUAGGCAGCCUUUGAAUCCAUCUUUAUUCCGGCUUCCUCAGACAAUGAAACGGCCUUUUGGAUGGUGCUGCCAAAAUGAGCAAUGGAAUAGUUGGCAGCAAACUAGAAUGGCGUAUUUCAAGUCAGCCUGCUGCUUCAUUGUUUUUUACAUAGCUGAGUGGAUGCCAGCAAAGAAAUAUCUAGUACCAACUGAAGACUACUUCUACCUGGGUAUCCAGGAUCAAGUUUCAUGAUUCAAUGCCAUUCCAAGUACUACAGGUUGAACCUCCCUGGUCUGGCACCCUUGGGACCUGACUGAUCCCAAAUCAGGGAAUUUGUUGGACCAGGGGAGGUCAAUGACAGCCCCUCUGCCCAGAGUCAGCUGUGGGGCUCUCCUCUGGUGGCACCAGAGGGGCCAGCACUGAUGGACAGUGAUGGGGGAAGAGGCAGGGUGGCUGUGAAGCCUGUGGCUGGGUCUGGGAGAUCAGUUACACUGCUGCCAGACUACUCCUGGCCCCUGACUGUGGUGCACCAUGGCCACCCUGCCUCUUCCUCCAAGAAUCCUCCAUCCCUACUCCUCCUCCUCGCUCCCUGAGCUUGAAUGCCACAAAUGAGCUAUUUGUGGUACUCUGGAAGCUCUGUCAGGAUGGGGGAGGAGUUGCUGAGCAUGGGGCUCCCAUCUUUUCCCCAUGAGUGUUCCAGUCCUUGAGGACCCACAGAUGUUGGACUGUGGAUGUUGCUGCACACAGGAAGUCCAGAUUAUAGAGGUCCAACCUGUGUUUGUAGUUCCUGGACGGCCAUCACAAGAUAAGCUAUGUAGCAACUGCAUGCACCAACAUUUCUUCUAGACAGUAUUGAAUUCAGAAGUAGUACUGCCCAGAAUUAUGGCAGAUAAUAUAGCAGCACCCACUGAGUUCACUAGUAAUAUACACACCCUGUACCAGUCUCUCUUGCAAGUCUCUAUACAACCUCACAAUCAGAAGCACUUAAAUCUUUGUCAAGUCUUUUUUUUCCUAGUAGAAAGUUUUCUAUACAGUACUAGCUUGAGGAAUGGACCAUUCAAUACGAAAACAAUUUGUUUAGAAGAUUACUUUGUAAGGGUAUGAAAGAGAGUUCUGAAUUUCAGCUGAGCUCUAGGACUGUCACCAUGCCCAUUCUACAGAUUACUGAUAGGAUUAGAAGUGUUAUACUCCUCACCUCCAAAACAAGCAUGUUGGAUGCAGACUAUUAUUUAAGCAUUGGUGGACUGUGGUGAAUCCUCUGUUGAAAGGGUGGAUUCUCACAACUAGCUCAAAGACUCAUUGAUGAAAAUAAAACACCAACUGCUUAUUGUUGGAAUUCAUAAAGGUGCAGAUAUGAAGACCUUUUUUCCUCUCAUCUUUGAGUCAGAGAGAGUGGGGAAACAUAAACUUUAAUGUGAGGGGUCAAUCUUCCAAAGUUCCCUCAGAUGGACUUCCUACCCCAACCUGAAGAUCUCUGUGUAGCUCGAGUGCUUGUCUCUCUCAGCAACAGAAGUUGAUCCAAUAAAAGAUAUUACCUCACUCAUCUAUCUUGUCUUCUUAUUCCAACUGUCAUUUCCCACGGCCCCAAUGGGGGUAGUAGCACAGGGCUAUGCCACUGUGAAUGUGGGAUUUACUGCAAGAUGCAAGAUCACAAAUUUACUUGUGAAUAAUGGUUUUGUUUCUUUCAUCUUUCAUUCCUAUUAGUUCCUCAUGUUCAAAAUACUUUCCUAGCUUAGCAUUUUGUUCCUUGUGGCUUUGCUCUUUCCAUAUUUUCUUUGUGUUUAUACAUAUCCUCCAACUCCUUCUCAUUAGCUAUGACUCUCCCGCAGGUGGGACACACAAUGGAGUAAAUUCUGCUCUCUGUUAUGCGGGUUUAACUCCACUGAAGAAAAUAGUUACUGGUGUAACGGAACAUAAUUUGUUUAACAGAUUUGAUGUCAAGCAAGCAAGCAGCUGGCCUGAAUUUUUUUCAAAGUCUUCAUAAAAAUGUCCUGUUUUAUUCCAGGGACUGUGUUGUACAUCAAACUGAGAGCAUUUCCUUGUUCUGGGCACACACUAAAAGCUUUUAAGAGCUAUUUCUCGCUUUUUGUUUUCUCCUGCUGAGGAACCCUGGAGUUUUGUGAGGUGGGUGGGUUUUAAAUAAAAAACAAGUCAACUCUAGUUUGCAACUGUGUUAACAAUAAGUAUAAACUUUAGUAUAAACCAUAACUGAAAACAUCAGGAUGCAGGCUGGAAUGCAUUCACAAUGGGAUCACAUAGAGUGAUGUCAGUAUGUCCGUAAGAAACCUUGAGAGAUUAGGUAGGAUAGUUGAGGGAAUUAGAAAGGUCUCUCUAGUGCCUUUGGUGCAUGUGGCACUACCACUGGACACACAUGACUUAAAAUAACAUGCUCUAAAAUGUUAUAAAAUGCUAUACGUAACUCUCAAGAUAUCUUAUUAACUAUUGCUUGUAUUACAUUUGUGUCCAGAAGCCCCAAUCAAGAUGCCCCAGUUAAGAUUAGGGUGGUAGGAGCAGUAUAAGCACACAUUAAAGACAGUCCUUGCCCUGCAUAGAUUACAGUCUAAACAAAUGUAGAAUAUGUUUUAACAAGUUACAAGUUGUUAUUGGAAAAGAACCUCCUGAGGAUGCUUUAAAAUAACACUACAAUAAUUAAUUCUGAAGUUCAUGGUAAUUUGUUAAGAAGUACAUUUGAAGUGCCCAUGACUAUGAUUCUUUCUCUACUUUCAUUCACCUGGAGCCAGCACUUUCUAAAAGUGAUUCUAGAGUCUCCCUUGAACCAGAAAAGUGCUUAGGGACAAACACUGAUGUGGAUGCUGUCUGUCUCUGGAGGUGAUCCAUUGUCCUACAGUAACUUUCCCUGCAAUUCCUUCCCUGAGAAGACUUUAUUGCUUCCAUUAGAGAUGCAGUUCAGACACACAUCAGAUUCCGCUGAUGUGUCUACACUUGCUACAGAAGAUUUUCUGAUUCACCAAGAAACAAAAGACUUCCAGUCAGCUUAGCAAAAAACUAUGAUGUUAUCUUGGAGCUAAUACUAGGUCAAGUAAGG